AUGGCGUUGUCAGAAGCGUCUCCGGUUCCACAAUCUCCGCCACCGACAGAAACGGCGCAAGCUCCUCGACGAACUGCCCUGCCAACAAGACCUGUCACUUCCAAAGCAGCUGCGAGUAAUUCGGACCGUUCAAAAAUGGAGUCAAAUGGGCAACCAGAUGAAACAUCGCGACCUCAAGACUCGCCACUAUUAUCUCGGGCGACUGCUUUUACUCCCAACCCGCCGAGUCCUCAGUCGAUUGCCCACAGUCCUUCAAGUCAGAGUGUUGCUAGCUCUACUCAAGGUCAUGCCGGCCAGGUUUGCAGUAACUGCGGCACAACACAAACCCCUCUUUGGAGAAGAUCACCACAGGGGGCCACGAUUUGCAAUGCGUGUGGAUUGUAUCUCAAGGCUCGAAACACGCACCGACCGGUUAAUCUGAAGCGUCCCCCAAACGUUAUCCCUAGCACUCGUCAGCCUUCGGCCAAGCUCUCUCCGAAAGCUCAGGUUGCGCUCGCUCCUAGCCCGGCAGCGACAUAUGUCAACGCGGAUCAAGUUUCGAGUGGCACCUGUCCUGGUGGUGGAAAAUGCAAUGGCACUGGCGGUGCUGAAGGGUGCGGUGGUUGCCCGGCGUACAACAACAGGCUGUCAAAGAGCGGCGUCUUGAGAUGUGGUAGCGGUGGAGCAGCUGCGACGAAAGCGUCGACUCCGAGCGACGGCGACGGGCCAACUCCCAUUGAUAUCGGCGCGCUUCAUAUCCAGAGUCAGAACACGACUGUUGUGAUUGCGUGCCAGAAUUGCGGGACUACGAUCACUCCUCUUUGGCGGAGGGAUGAGGCUGGGCAUACGAUUUGCAAUGCUUGUGGUCUCUACUACAAACUCCAUGGCGUCCACCGCCCAGUCACAAUGAAGAAAUCCGUCAUCAAGCGUAGGAAAAGAGUCAUCCCCGCCGCCGGUGGCAGCCCAGAAAUGGAGAGUGCCACCCUCGACCGCCCCUACUCGCAGUCGCCAUCACCAGAGGCGCCAAAAGAGCGUGGCACGAUGAACGCCGACGGGUCUGUCAAUCUGGGCUUUGGCAAUAAGCAACAGCAACAGCAGCAAUCACAAUCGCAACAGCAGGAAUCCUCGUUGAAACUAGUCCCGGAGGAUGUCCUCAUGCAAAAUAGGCAAACCUCCCCGUUACCAUCUAGCGACUUGGCACAGUACCACUCCUCCCAGCCCAGUCAGCAAUCGCAGUCGAAGCCGGAAUCGCUCAACAAUGAGAACAGGUUGGCGCCGAUUAUGUUGAUGAAUAUGGGUGGGGAUCGGCAGACGUCGUUGUCACCGGCGAGUUUCUUGUCACCGUCGAGGAAGAGGUCGUUUUCGGCAACGGAUCCGGAGGGGGAGAGUGGGGAGCAGACGAAGAGGUUAAGUUCGAUCAAGAGUAUUUUGAACCCGACGAUGAUGGGGAGGGGGGAGGGGGAGGAAGGGGGGGCAAGGCAGGAUAGGCUGCCUAGUCCGGGGAGUUUGAUGGGAGCGAGCGAUGCGGAGCAGAAGAAGGCGGAGAGGAGGGCUGUGUUGGCUUUGGAGGCGGAGAGGAUGAGGGAGAUGUUGAAGCAGAAGGAGAGGGAGUUGGCUGAGUUGGAUGGGUAA